AAGUGAGUCGCGCGGGUUUUACUCAGUGUACGCUUUUGAAAAGCAUGCUUAUUUGAUGCCAGUUGUUUGGUCUCACUAAAGAAGUGGAAUAUAUAUUUUUAAUUGAGUUAAAAGUAGCGAUGAUUCUUUUGUGCUCGCGCCCCUUUCUUUUUUGCGCAUCUUGGUCUUCACGUACUUUUAAUCGCGUCUCGGCAGGGCAUUUAAAACGUUUUCAUGCUGUUCUUCAUUAUUGCUGGAUAUGACGCCAAUACAAAUAUUCACCGACAAAACUCGGACACAUCGGUGGGACAGUUUCAGGUAGAUUUAACCCGUUUGUGGAUGUAAAUCCCUGGAUGAUGCUCUCAAUGCAAAAACACGUCCUCUUGUUACUUAUUAUCCUCAAUACGACCCUCACACCUCUGCAACGAAGGGUGGAUGGCAACCCUUUAGUGAUGGAUCCCAAUAUUAUCUGCCGUAGAACUAAAACGUUGGUAGGCAGAAAUGCCGACGUGUGCCAGUCUCAGCCUGAGAUAGUUCAAGAAGUGGCAAAUGGUGCCCGGUUGGGCAUGCGAGAAUGCCAACAUCAGUUCCACAGCCGUCGCUGGAACUGCACCAGCCAGAGCAGAAACCUGGCCAAGAUCCUGCAACAAGAUAUCCGGGAAACUGCAUUUGUGUAUGCUAUCACAGCUGCUGGGGUGCUGCAUGCAGUAACACAAGCCUGCAGCCAGGGAGCACUGCCACAGUGCGGCUGUGUGACCCUUCAAAGUUCCUCUGAAACUUACCAUGACUCCCCAGCAGAGCAGGUACUCAUCCAGGCUUCACCUGUCCAAGAUGGGCGCUGGGAAUGGGGGGGCUGCGGAGAUGAUGUGGACUUUGGCUACGAGAAGUCUCGUCAGUUCAUGGACACCAGGCAGCAAAAAGGCAAGAGUGACAUCAGGACCCUUAUUGACCUGCACAACAAUGAGGCAGGAAGACUGGCCAUACGGACACAAAUGCGGACAGAGUGUAAAUGUCAUGGCCUUUCUGGUUCCUGCACUCUUCGCAGCUGCUGGAGGAAGAUGCCUAUCUUCCGUCAGGUCGGUGACUACCUCAUGCAGAGCUUCCAUAAGGCCAUUCGUGUGAUGAGUGGGAAUGAUGGUAAAUCGCUUGCCACCAUCGAUCCAGAUACCCUUCCCCUGGAUGCUAACAUCCUCAUCUAUUCAGCUGAGUCACCUGAUUUCUGUCAGGCCAAUCAAAGGAUGGGUACAGAAGGCACACAGGGUCGUGUGUGUAACAGCACAGAGACUGGGCCGGGAGGCUGUGACAGCUUGUGCUGUGGUAAAGGAUUUGCAGACAAUACACUGGAAUAUGAGGAAAACUGUCAGUGUAGGUUUCACUGGUGCUGUGAGGUUCAGUGCCAGAGAUGUUCUGUGAGAAAGGAGGUGAGCCUUUGCUUGUGAAGUCUGCUCAAGGAGAUAAAAAAAUAUCUGUAUUAGUUGUGUUUGAGCUGGAAGGGCAUGUUUGUUUUCUCCCCUAUGCAUAAGAAUGUCCUCUGUGCAGAAUGAAGCAGUGACUUGUGAAAACAGGUGCUUACCAUCCUAUUGCUUACGUUAAUUUUUUGAUGGUCCUCAGGACUGAGCAGUGUCGCCAUGUUUUGCUAGAGAAAUAAUUGACCUGGUCUGAACAAAAACAAGCACAAAUUAGCACAAAUUAUUACCUGGCAUGGGUCACCCAUCCUUCGGAUGAGACGUUAAACCGAGGUCCUGACUCUCUGUGGUCAUUAAAAA